AUGGAGAUUUCCAACAAUGCCGAGAGCCAGAGCAACCUCACUGACCGACACUAUGUCCGCUACGACGACCCUCGGGUGCAGCACAAGCCUGAGCACGAGGAUGAAGACAUCCAAGCCGUGGCGGAGAUGAUCAAUGAGAUCCAAAAGGCGCAAUGGAAUUCCCACCGCCACUGCUAUACGGGGACCCAUGCAAGAACACAGGGGAUCGUCAAGGGCACACUGAAAACCGAACCCAAUCUUCCUGCUCAUCUUAAACAGAGCUUGUUUGCGGAAGAGCGAGAAUGGCCUGUCUUGUGCAGGUACAGCAGUGAGCCUGGCGAUCCUGGUCUGGACGAUCGCAUUCCCCAGCCAAGAGGGUUUGCCAUGAAAGUGUUCGACGUCCACGGUGACUUCUUCGACACUGGGAAAGACAUUCCCACGCAAGACAUUGAAUUCAAUUCGACUCCGGCGCUCGACUUGGCAGAUGCAAAGACGACCAGGGAGAUCAUUGACCUCCGGAUCAAGUUCGGCAACAAUCAGCCAGAGCUCUACAAGCAACUGGAUGCCAGGAAGGAUACCGACCUGCAAAAGGCUCGAGACGCUGUGCGCAACACUCAUCUCGAGUCUACCAGGCAGUAUUCGCAGACUGCAUAUCGCUACGGCGACUACGUGAUCAAGUACUGCCUGGUCCCCAACAGCGAGACUCAAAAGAAACUCUACGAGGAAACGGUCAAGCCUACGGACGGCUCGGACAUCCUGCACAGGUGGUUGCAGAAUUUCCAUCGGAAACAUGAUGCCGAAUACUUGUUCCAGGUGCAGCUGUGCGAGAAUCUCGAGGACCAGCCUGUAGAAUAUGCUGGCAAAGUUUGGGAUCCGGAGGCGUAUCCAUGGCAGACUGUCGCUCGCCUCAAAGUCCCGAGGCAAGACAGCUUCAACUAUGCACUGAAGAAUUUCUGGGAGGACAGGUUGAGGCUAGACCCGUGGAUGGGCUUGAAGAGCUUGGAACCCCUCGGCUCUCCCAAUCGGUUGAGGAGGGUGGUUUAUCCAGCAAGCAGUGCGCUGAGGAGGAAAAUGAACGCCACCACGGAAUUCCACAUCAAGAGCCUUGAGGAACUUCCCGCUCAUUGA